CAGUGCAUUCAGUUAGCAAGUGGAGUUAGCUGUCUGACUAGUCUGGUCUGUCAUCAUGGCUGUCGUGCAGAAUAUCCUCAUCCUGCUGCUGGCCAUAUCCGGGGCGCAUUCGUUGGUUCACUACCAGAAAUAUCCUGGCGAUGAGAAAACACAGAGCUGCAAAACCCCAGGUUCUAAUACUAAAGUGGGAGAAUACUCGCAGCACAAAGACUAUUGUGGUAUCAUAUACUGCCAUACCGCUAAUGGUGAUGCCCUGAUUCACUAUUGCCAGAUUCCAGCCACGUUCGAAAAGUGCGAAGAUAGUGGCGUAAACACAGCCGAAGAUUUUCCCCGCUGUUGUUGGAAAUGUGUCAAGUAUGUAACAUGCUAGAGCUUCGGCUAACGUUACUUGGCGAUCUAUCUAUCUAUCUAUCUAUCUGUACAGUACAUUAUGAAAAAAGGGCAAAAACUGUUUACAAAGACAAUAAAGUAAAGUGGA